CCCUCCCCUCCCUUCUCUCCAAAAACCUUCCAGCCAAAUAAUGCCUUAACAAAGAGUCCGUGCUGUGACGAAGGAGCUAUUGACUCUCUGAGUGAGUGUAGAAGAGAGGGAGGAAGCGAAGAUCGCUAAAAAGGCAGAAAUGGAGGAAGCAAAAGGGGUAGUCAAACACGUGGUGCUCGCCAAGUUCAAAGACGAUGUUUCCCCUCAGAAGAUUGAGGAGCUCAUCAAAGGCUAUGCCAAUCUUGUCAAGAUCGUUCCACCGAUGAAGUCCUUCCAUUGGGGCAAAGAUGUGAGUGCUGAAAAUAUGCAUCAAGGCUUUACUCACGUAUUUGAAUCAACGUUUGAGAGUACGGAAGGAGUAGCAGAGUACGUGGCUCAUCCUGCACAUGUUGAAUUUGCAAACUUGUUCCUUUCCCACUUGGACAAAGUGAUUUGCGUUGACUAUAAGCCUACCAUUGUUCACCUGUGAUUUGAUGCUUUCUUGGGACUGUGUAAAACAUGAAUAAGGUUUUCUCCGUGAAAACCAUUUUGGUAUACUCACUUUGUUAUCAUAUCUGCAUUUGAUGAAGCGUGUUCUGCUGGUGGCAUUUCUUAUACUUACUCGAGAAUCUGGGUGUUAGUUUCUUAGACUCUCUUUUUCUUACCUUGUGGAAUUGGUGCUGAUCCUCAACCCACAGAAUAUUUUUCCAAGACUAUCCUUUUGGCUUUAACCAUGAUUACUUUCUUUUAUUCGAUUAGACUAUUAAAAAUUUAUUUCUUGUGUAUAAAAAUAUGUAGUUUAUUUAA